GAGUCACCGACUGGGGCUGCUGUGGAGGGUGUGAAGUCACAGCUUAGGUUCGGUCCCGCUAUAGCUGUCGAGUCACUGGAGCGGCAUUGGCUCAGCCACAACAGCUCUGCCACAGCGGGGAUCAACAAUGCACAGUCACACACCUCAAUGCUGAGUAACGCCAGUUUGCUCACGGAACGCAGCAUCAGCGAAAAAGUUGUCGUUGAUAGCAAAUCAUUGACCGGUAACACGCGUCGUCGCGACACAUUGUUGUGCGACUUACUCAAAUAAUUAUAGGUGCUGCACCUCUUGCUCUUAUUUUGUUUUGUGCUCCCACAAUUUUGUGUUCGCUACCACGAAGCACCGUACUUAUAUGCUGAACUUAAGUAUUCACCUAGACAAUUUUUAGUCUCACGAUAGGCACACUCUCGAUGAACUUCUCUCAGAUUUUCCGGUGGUAGACGAGGAUGGUUUAUUCGACGAUGAAGUGGAGGAGCCGCCAGAGGGACGAAAAACGCGAGGUUCUGUGGUGCAGACACUGUUGGGCUACGUGAUUAGUGGAGGGAAGCCGCCCAAAGCACACGGGCGCUGUGUGCCGAUGCAGGCCAUUCAAAGCGAGCAUCCGUUGAUGGACCGGAAUCUGACCACAGGGUCGCGAACCGGUAGAGGCACCACAUCCGUUUCUCUUGGAGCAGUGCCGCUUGGGGAGUCAGAAAGUCCAACGGUAUGAUUUCCAAAUGGAAAUCUAUGAUUUUUUUACAUGCGUCACAAUGUAUGUAGUAGUCGACGAGCCUUCUCCUGAUAGUAAUACUUCGUCCCCCCUUUUACAUGCUCCUUUUUUUUGUGGAACCGACUGCAUUCUCCAAGCACGACUCAAAUUAGCAACCUGACUCUACAUGUUCUUGUCCGGACCCUCGUCCAGUCCGGAGAAUACAGCGCUUGUUUGUAGUAUUUUCACUCUUUUUGUCCGUCCUUGUGACGACAGUCCAGCGAGCAGGUUUAUUUCGGGUACAUGUAUGGAUUUACAUGGUGGUGCUUUGCAAUAGUUCUUGGGGUUUCUAUUGGCGCUGUCAACAUAGUUUUCCAUGGCGCGUACCAUUGGAUGGAAGACUCCUUUAUCUACGUCAACGAACAUUUUUUCAGUGCUGACGAGGAUAGAAGGUAUCUAACCUGGUUUUUUUGUAAAAUUAUGCGACAUUUUCUCUAUGUAUAAAUUCGUUCCUUCAACAACCAAGUGCAAAAUGAGGAUAAAGAGCGUGUCCUUUGUCCAUCAUGUUUUUCUAAACAUUAGGCGUUAUGAUGUAUAAGAAGUAGACAAUUGAUAGUACUACGGCAAUGUUAAUAUUUUCUGUAUCCUUUUACUUAAUCAACACGGCCACGCUUUCAUCAGUCUUGGGGAUACCAUUGGAUAUCACCUUUUCCGCGCGUUUGGGGUUGUGAUAUCCUCUGUUUUCUGCGGCUUGAUUGUGACCUACCUUGUGCCAGAAUGCUCUGGAGGUGGAACGAUAUCUGUUAGGGCCUGCAUCGCGCUUGGAAGCUUUGUGCCACUGCACGUCGGGAUCGCCAGGUAGGUCCCCUUCUUCCGUUUGCUUGUUGAAAAUUACAAGAGAGGCAUUUUUCUUUGGUAGAGGACUCUUACAAUGAAAUGAAUUGUACUUGUAUAAGGAUGAGGGCGAACAGUAGGUAGCGUUGGUAGCGCUACACUCUCCAUCUUGGUUACUUGGACAAGUUCUAUGAUUUUCACGUAUGAAGGUUUUGUCUUUCGGCAGUGUAUCUCGGACUCGGAAAUCCGCUGGGCGCGGAGGCACCGACACUACACAUUUGCGCUGCUGUGAGCUGUUCGUUGUACUAUUUCUGUCAGACGCGACCCGCGGUCGCAGAUUACUUUCCCCCGGAGAACCGUACGACCAUGGUCAUCGUGGGUUGCACCUGUGGACUGGCAGCGGCUUUUGCGGCACCGAUUGGAAGUGUGCUGUAUGCGAUGGAGGAAUUUCGUCACAGUCUAGGGGAUUCGAAUAUGUACACGACACUGAUCACUACUGCGAGUCUAAUUGCGGUCGUCACCUCACAGAUGGUGAACGAGGGUAAAUUUUACGAGACAUGCGCUCAUUUGCCACGUAGCUACGACAAAUGGGAAGUUUUGUGGUGGCUGCUCUGUGCGGGGCCUCUGGGGCUGCUCUGCGGCUUCUUACCGGUUCUUUUUAGCGACGCUGUUUUAAAUCUAAGAGCGAAACUUCGACGGUGGAACAUAGUGCGCCAGAUGCUGAUUUCCGCGUUUACAACGACGGCUUUGGGCACCGUGUGUUUCGAAACAACACGCGAGAUUCUGUCGCAAAACGAUUUCUGUCCGCGUUCCAAUGAAUGUCAGCAGACUCGCGCUAGGAGUUUAGAGGAGAGAACUACUGAUCACGACAGGACGAACUCGCCUUCCGCGAACUCUGCUUCGCCCUCCAGCUCUAGUCGUAUGAUAGAGGCUUCGUCAGUGGCAGCAACUUCUGGAACGAGAAGGGACAUUUCCGCAUCAAGUCCUGAACUAGGAGUAGUUCCCGGUGGGAGCUCUGCCUCUGGAGGAGGUAGCUCCAGCUCAUCGAAUGGAAAAAGUUCUUCCAGUACUUCAGCAAGUGGGACUUCUAGUGACAGCGCAGUACCAUGGGAGCCACCAGACGGGAUGACCUCGCGUGUGUCGAGAGAUGAUGAUAUUAGUGGUUGGUCAUAUCUUCGUCUUGUAAGAGACUUGGCCGAGGAGGCAAGACCCAAGUGGCAUGAAUACGGUGGAGAUGAAAGUGCGCUGAUAGGAAGUAGUAGGAGAAAGUCUGCUUCUGUUCUUGCAGAAGAAAACAAGGAGACCCCAGCUUCGCCUUCGUCUCCUCCCCUAGAAUCGAAGAACUUACUGGAGUCGGGAAAUCCACCACAGGCCGAUACAGUUUUCAGAGAAAAAAAUUGUGGCGAAGAGGAGAAGAACGACGCGGAGAUCACUCAUGGUAGAACAAAUAUGGGUAGGAGGAGGUUAGCACUGUCCGGAGAGCCCACGUGCGGUUGGGAUGGUGUGUGGGGUGCUGGUGGGCGAACAAUGAAAGAAUUGCUGAAGCCACGACCACGUCUGCUCGCCGAUAGCUCGUUACUUUUCCCUCUUCUCGCCUGCAGCAUAAUAUUUUUCGCCUGCAAGUUUCUCGCUUGUCUUACAGCAGUGGCUUGUGGUGGUACAACAUUCGUACUAUGUCACCCUAAAGUCAGAUAGUACAAGGAUAAGAUUAAUCUUCACAUGGAAAGAAAAGUCUGCCUACAAUUGUCGUCAAGAAGCAGAGUCCGACGUGACCUACUUCCUUGGAAUUAUCGUCAAUGAAAAUCCAGUUUCCACUCACAAAACAAGGUAGUGGUGGCGUUUUUGCACCAGCCUUAGUCCUUGGUGCAGCACUGGGGAGUUUUUACGGCGGCUGGAUGGGAUAUUUUUUUAACGAUAGCUACUAUCAAAUUCUCUUUGUCCCCAUGGGUAUGGCUGGCGUCUUCGCGGCAAUGAUUCGACUACCCCUUACAUCUGUCGUGAUCGUCUUCGAAAUGACCAGCGUUGCCGGGGGACAAGACUCAUCCAGAUUAGUACUAUGAUCUUUUGAAGAAGAAUUGGCUAUAAUUUUGGGAACGCCGAUGAUCGUAUCACUUUGAUUGGUAUGUCAUGCUAUUAUGAAAUAAAUCUAUAACGAGAUAUCGUAAAACUUCCUACUAGUUGUUCAAUAAAUUUUCAAACCCCGCCGAAUAGGUUUUUCCGAUGCUGCUGUGCUCCAUGAUAGCAUACUUUGUCAAUGUGGAAGUGCAACCAUCGACAAUGUGGGACCGGCUGAUGGAACAAGACAAUAUAGAUCCAAAGAGUCUGCAGCAAUUUCUCAAUGCCGCUUUAGAUUAUGACGAUUUUCUUGCGCUUGAAGGAACUCACUUCCGAGGCGUAUCGUCUCUGCAACUCGCUUGAUUGUUGGAGUCCUCACCCUCAGAUGAACAGGUUUGAAACAAUAAGAAUAAUCCAUAUUGAUGCGACGUUUUCAUUCUGACUAAAAAAAAGUACACCGAGUUUUUACGACGUUUCCUCCGAUGGUUCGGAUGUUCUUCGUCCCCAUUCAUAGCGCAGUGAUUGUUACGUCGCAGCUCUAAUCAAUAAACCCCUGUCUUUCGAGACGAACUGUGCGGAUGUCACUCCCGAACGGGAAUGAUCCCGGUAUGUCGAUGGGGGUGCCUCGCAUGAGCCAGAGUCAGAGGCUCACCGGGUUCGAUCUGCAGCGGUUCUCGGUGCAUCAUGGAGGUAAAGAAUACUCAUGAUGGGCCUUUAUGAAUUCUCAUUCUCGUCUUGUCGUGUUCGGAUUCACGACGAUGCUUUUUUUCCCAAAUAGGUAGCGGAACGAUGGUCGAUCAUCGUCAUCACAAGGUUGAGUAGAUAGGUUCUUGUAGUUCUACUCUCUCUUACUCCCUGACUUUAUUUUUCGCUCUCCCCAUCACCAUGAAUUAUAGCCGGCGGUCCGAAUUUUUUGAACCAUGUGCGGCGAGAUGAUUCUCAGAUAUCAUCAGCAACGUCAGUGUUGCCGCGGGCGCAUAGCAGCGGGACGGAAGCGGACGGUGGGCAUCAUCAAGAGAUGAUCCGGAAAGCGCUAGAAAGAAUCGUUCCGCAGGUAUGAAAAUGUAUACAAGAUUCUACUUGAUGUAGAUAUGCUUAGUAUAACGGAAGUGCAGUUCUACUUCUAGUUAUUGUCAACACGGGCAAUUUUUCCAUGUUGGAGGUUAAUAUCGUCACUCUCCUUGGGAAGAGACGAAUCUUGAUACCAAGAAGUAAUUGACUUCUGCUCUUUCCGACAGCAAUCCCGAAGCACAAUACUGGUGCGUCCGAGUCCCACGGGAGACAUGCUUAAUCAAGCGAUGGGACCGAUCGCGACAGGGGCGUCGCAUCGAUCGGGACACAGUCAAGUUUCAUCCAGAGAGCAGUCUCAGCGUUUCAGCGUGAUGGCAUUCGGGAGUGCUAGCCGAAUGCGCGCGAGCCCUCAACUGGAUGUCAUUCUACAAAAUGCUUAUGAAGAUCAUUUUAUUACACUAACAUUACAUCGCUCAGCCGCUGCCAUCAAGAAGAAUGCACUUGAAUUUUUCUUAGAGAUUAAGUUGCAUAUAGCAGAUAGGUCUAGUGGCACGUUAAUUGAUGAAAAAAAUUCGGUUUCAAAGUCGUGGCUGUGAAGAAAUAAAGCACCUCUAAAGAAUUGGACUGCUGAGAAACAAUCCGAAUAAGGAGUUCGCUGAAGGCGAUAAUCCUGUUACUUCGGCGCAAACUGGCGAACAGGAUACGGUGAGCAAUACGAACAGUCGGGACAGCAGGACGGGAGACUGCGGCCGGCUCGAAACGCCAUGAAAUCAAGGUUCCUAGUACUCGAGAUAUAUCAUUUAGCAGGGUGGAUGUUUGCAUUCUGUUUGUCGAAAAGCUUCAUGCUUAAGUUGCACACAUUGGAAACCGCGUAUCGUCUAUCCAUGUAUAGAUUGUGGUAAUGUACAGCGUCAGCCUUAGCAAGAAGCGGACCCGUGGAGAUGCGGUUAUGCAUAGAAAGUUUCUGUAUAGUUACUAGGUUGUAUGUGAAUCAGUAGUACAUGCUUCCCUAGGCGACGAACAUGUUCGAGUGCUUGACAAACUGGUCUAUGCACAUGCUAGUCGACGAUGCCAUGUUUCGUAUCUACUAUUGUUUUUGGAUCACUAUGCUGGAGGGUUCAUGUCUUUGGUGAUGGUUGUGCGUCUCUAUUGAGAUCGUCACGUAGCCAGGUGCAUCCUCUGAGAGUGAGCAUGUCAAAAGUGAAAGCGGCAAGUUGUCGUGCACAAAUAGUAAAAUUCCGGCAGUUGUCGUCUGCGUGCUUACUUACAUUUUUUACGAGCCAAUAUCGAAAUCACAGACUUCAUUGCCAUGACUUGUCAGUAAGUUGGAAAUUUUGUUAACCCAUGAACUUCUCCCUGCUUUACCUUUAUGCUCAGAACAUCAUGAAUUAUCCUGGCGUUGGAGUUGGAUACUGUGUAUGAUCAAAGAAGCGAGGUUCAUUACGUCGAGAAGCGCUAUGUGCGUGGGGAAUCAGGUAUCAGAAGUAUUAUAUCCGAAGAAUUCCAAUAGUUGCGCUGGGUGUGAAAUUUGACUUAUGCAAACUUAAGUACCUAUCUAUGGCGAGCUUGGCGCAUAAACAUUUUGCGGUGUUGAGCAACUAACGAAGCGUUACAUCAACGGCGCGUUGCGUACUGGAGAAGCGAUUGCGUUUCUGGUGAUGUCGCCAAUCCCUAUGAAAAGGAUGCUUUUCACUAUGAUCCAACAAAGCAUAAGCAUGUUUUUCUUGCAUUGAUAGAGCUCGCUGUAACGCGAACGGAG